AUGGGUGAUUUUGAAUUUAGCAUCAAGCAUGCGGGUAAAGUACUUCCGAUCAAGCUGCCAGCGGGGUCGACCGGAGCAGACCUGCGCAAGGCGGUGGAGGAGCUGGUGCAGAUCCCUGCAGAUCGGCAGAAAUACAUGGUGAAGGGGGGCCUGGGCGACGAGACGGCCGUUGCAGAUGUGGUGAAGCCGGGCUCCAGCGUGCUGCUGCUCGGGACGCCAGACAAGGACAUGGUUGUGAAGCCGAGGACCGCGGAGAAGUUCAUCGAGGAUCUGGGCGCGGACGCGCAGAGCGGGCAGCUGAGCAGGGUGCCGAUGGGCAUCGUCAACAUGGGCAACACAUGCUACAUGAACGCCACGCUGCAGGGCCUAUACGGGAUCGUCCCGCUCCGCGAGCAGAUACUUGCAUUUGACGACAAGAAGGCGACGGCCGAGGGCAUGGACCUGUAUCACGUCCAGUUGAUACGGGAGAUCCAGGCGACUUUCAGAAAGCUGCGCGACAAGAAGGGCGAGGCCAUCACCCCGAUGUUGCUACUGGAGAUACUGCGCCGGGUGUUUCCGCAGUUCUCGGAGAUGGACAGGCAAGGCGGGUUCUACAAGCAGCAGGACGCCGAGGAGCUGUUCACACAGCUGUUCCAUACCAUGCAGACGGUCUUUGGCGAGGAGCUCAUCGACAGAUUCAAAAUUGGUUUUAAGACCACCAUCAAAGAUACAAUGAACGAAGGCGACGUGACCGAGAAGACCGAGGACGACCUGAAGCUGCGGUGCCACAUCACGGGCGCCACCAACUUCAUGAAGGCGGGGAUCAAGGAGUCCCUGAAGGAGACAAUCGAGAAGCGCUCCGACGUCACGGGCGCGUCCUCCACGUACAGCGUGGAGAAGAAGAUCACGAAGCUACCCGAGUACCUCACGGUGCAGUACGUGAGGUUCUUCUGGAAGAAGUCGACCGGCAAGAAGUCCAAAAUCCUGCGCAAGGUGCAGUUCCCCUUCCAGUUGGAUGUGGCAGACCUCUUGACACCGGAGUACGCCCAAACGAAGAUCCAGGUGCGCGAGGCGUUCCGCGAGGUCGACAAGGAAAGGGCAGAGUCGAUCCGCGAACGCAAGCGGUCGAAGUUCAACCCGGCCCCCGCCGAGGGUGGCUCGACCCCCGCUGAGGCAGCAGAGAUCGCGCGCUCGCUGGAGGAAAGCACGCGCGAGAAGUGGGCCCGGGCGUUCGCAGCGAAGACGCCGGCGGACCUGGGCCGCGGCGAGAACCCCUCCUGCGUCUACGACCUGAUCGGCGUGAUCACCCACCAGGGCGCCAACUCCGAGUCAGGCCACUACCAGGCCUUCAUGAGAGACGAAUUCGACGACGACAAGUGGUAUAAGUUUAACGAUGACAAGGUCACUGCCAUCGAAAAAGAGAAAAUAGAGUCCCUGGCCGGCGGCGGCGAAAGCGAUAGCGCGCUGAUCCUCAUCUACAAAGGCUUUGGCUUGUGA